AUGUCUUUAAGAAAUCCAAUUGCAUUUCACAACUAUUCGCCUAAGCAAACUUUACUUGCCGGUGGUGUUGGAUUUGGUAUUUAUGCAGCUUUAAUGUUCAGGUAUUAUUCACAACGGUCUAGAGUCAGGAAGAUCUUUGAAGAGAGUGACAAGAACUACGAAAAUGUGCACUUGAUGUCGUUGCCUCAAUACAGUGGAAACAAAAUCGAUAAAGCUUGA